AUGAAAAAGUUGAAGACGUUGUCGGCAAAUCAGCCCCUCGCGUCGACGCACAAGAAAUCGCAAUCGUUGGUGUGCCCGCAUUGUGGUUUUAUCGGGAAGCGUGCCGCCGGAUUCGCGAAUCAUCUUCGCGCAUGCCGCCGCCGACACGAGGACGAGCCGACGCCGACGCCCUCGCCCGACGAGGCGGCGUCGGAACAACACGAACGACGAGAAGAACAACAAGAACAAGAAGAAGCACGAGCACGACAUGCUAACACAAUUGACAUUCUUGAGGACACAAUUGACAUUCUUGAGGACACUCGGCGACUCGCAGGCGACCAAAUUACGCUCUCGUUGCCUAUUAUCGUCCUGUCGCCCGAAUGCCGAAUGACCGAGUCGCCUGAAUGCUGA